AUGUCUUCAGCUACAAAAAACAUUUAUGACGAUGUUACCUACUAUUUUGAAAGCUUUAGCAAAUUCUUAUCUAAGGCCAAGAUCGAUGGAGCUGACAUAUGGAACGAACAGUGGUCAAAACUUACAGCACAAUUCCCCUUCGAGGCUGAUAAAGACAUACGAAUGUUGACUGUUGGGGCUGGUGCAGGUUACAGAGAGUGUCUGAUAAUCCAGCAUCUGUUAAAGAGACAUAGUAGUAUACACAUCACCGUGGUCGAACCUGCACAGAAACCGAUUGAUGAGUUUAAGGUAAAAGCGGCAAAGAUCACAAAGGAAUUCCCCGGUGUGAGUUUUGAGUGGCACAUUCAAACGUUUGAAAACUACCAAAAGGCCCACAGAGUAUCAGACGAUGAACGCAAUGGGUCAUUUCAUCUUGUGUUCGCUGGACAUAGCUUGUAUUACAUGGACGACUGGAAAUAUGCAUUAAUGGGAUGUACAGUCACGUUCAAUCAGGAGGGAUGCUGGUGGCUACAAUAGUCAGGGGACAAGGUUCGUUCGGUAAAUUGAUGAAGAUGUAUCGAAAGCUUGAAGGUUGCAGUCAAAGUCUCUUGACAUCCGAUGACCUCAAAAGUCAUCUUAAUAGGUGUUCUAAUGUAGUGUUCGACCAGGUCGUGUAUCGCGAAGAUCCCUAUGACAUAUCAGACGUAUUCGACGAAUCUUCAAAUGAAGGGAAUCUGUUACUUGAUUUCUUGGUCCAAAGAAGUGGAUUUAGAAAAUGUGCUCCGUCGGAUGAUCAAGAAAAAGUGUUAACGUUUUUGAAAGACAAUUCCGUGUUUGAAAAUGGGAAAUACUGGUUUCGUUGUGAUG